AGGAAGGGGCGGAGCGGCGCCGGCCGCCGAGAUGAGCGGCACCGGAGCCGCGCUGCAGGGGCACCACGCGGCGCUGCGGGAGGGGCUGUCAGAGCUGCGCGCCCGGCGUGACGAGCUGAGCGGGCGGAUCCGGGCCGAGGAGGCGGAGCGGGACCGGCUGCAGGCGCGGAUCGCGACGCUCUCCCGGCGCUUGUCUGACACCAGCGAGAACCUGGCGGGGCUCCGGUCCACCCGAGCCCACAUCGACCGCACCAUCGCCGAGAUGGACAUAGCCUCCGGGCAGAUACUGGACAAUUCUCAGACAUUGCUUGAUGUCCUGAAGAAGGAGAUGGGGGAUCUUGGUAAAGCCAUUGAUCCACAAAACACUUCAUUAGGACAACGAAUACGUCGACAAAAGCAUUCCUAAACUUCUUCUUCAGCCUGGAAUGUCCCGUUGGCCAGAGAGCUGCUUUGUGGUCCAAGGAUGCCACAUUUAAUAAAAGCCUGUUUUGCAGAAGUGAA